AUGUGCGUUGGCUUCUAUACGCUCGAGCAUCCGGAAUAUGCCCUUGUGCUUUGCAGCAACCGUGACGAAUACCUCGACCGAGCCACGGAUCCGGCCUGUUUUCACUCCUUCGAUAAGCACCUCCCAGAAAGAAAAGAAAAAGGAUUAGAAUCAGGAAAGGGAACCGAACACGAAAACGUUCUCUCUGGCGUUGACGUUCGUGCCGGUGGAACCUGGCUAGGUGUCACUCGGACCGGACGAGUUGCCUUUUUAACGAACAUCACAGAAGAGUACGGGACAUAUGGUUCUUCCAGGGGUGACCUCGUUGCCUCUUUUCUUUUGUCAGGCGAUGGGGACGCAGACGCGGACGCUCUUAUCCCUCGUGAGGACAAAUACGCAGGGUUUAAUUUAUUACUCUUGACGCCGUUCUGGUCUUCCCGUGACGGACCCAACCGCAGCUUAUCAUUCAACUCAACAUAUGUCACCAACCACGGUGGAGGAGGGACGAUCACAACCCGGGCAUCCACACCCGCCGAAAGAAGCAGCGGGGGCAUGUCAAAUGGGAUUGAUGGACCAGAACCAGACGCUGGAACAUGGCCAAAAGUCCAACACGGGCUUCAUUCGUUUAAAUCGAUCAUGAACACGGCCAGGCCGCGCAUACCGGAGAUGGAACUAGCCGAAAAUCUCUUUGAAAUGUUGACUUGGAAGUCGGAUCACCCGCCAAGCGCACGCUCUGAGCUGAGGAAUACGGUGCAAGUAGAACCGUUUGUAAUGCAUGAGAUAUACGGAUACUACGGAACGCGCCUUUCGACGGUGAUACUAAUAAAGCGGACUGGGGAGGUGUUGUUUAUCGAGCGAGAUAGGUGGAAACUAGUCGAUGCCAAGCCUGUGCUGUCAGAUCCGACCUCGCAACGUGAAUUCCGGUUCAACUUGGAUUAA